CCACUACCAACGAGAUGAUUCCUUGAACUUGUUCUUGAUCGUCAAUAGAACGCCAUAUUGGAAAUCCCAUUUUAGUACCAAUAAAAGAUUCCAAGAUCAAAAGCGUGCAAGGUUUAAACGUUUACGUUAGGUUAGUGCGAUUGACUUAUCUAAUAGUUUAAAGUUUAACAUUUAACAUAAUUUUUAAACAUAAACAUUGUUUUAACAUAUACGCUUUUUAAAUAUACCUAGUUUAGCAAUGAAUUAUAAACUGUUUAUCCUGGUUUUUGUUUUUAAUAUCGUUGCUUCAAGUGAUGGAAAACCUAAUGAAUUCACAUCUACUGUAUUAAGUAGUAAUAGUAAUAAAAAGAAUGCAAAUUGGUUUAAAUUUGGCGAGAAAACUUAUUAUGUCGGACACUGUUUUUAAGGCAAAUUUUUAUAAAUCGUUGCAAUUUUGUAGGCAACAGGGAAUGCAUUUGUUGAGUAUUAACAGCAAAAUAGAAAAUGACAGAAUUGGAAAAUUCAUUUUAGAUAAUGGAAUUACUUUCGGUCAUUUCUGGACUUCAGCAUCGAAUCUAGCUGGUGAUCACGAAUGGAUCUGGUUAUCCACUGGACGCAAUAUGUAUUACACAAAUUGGGACCAAGGGGAACCCAAUCAUGCCCACAACUCAACAGAAAAUUGCGUCGAGGUUCGCCAUUGGGGAUCGAGCGGAUUUACAUGGAACGAUUUGAACUGUCAGGAAAAUUUGUUUUUCAUAUGCGAGUCGAUUACAGAUUGUGUUCAAGUUUUUCGUUCAGCAACACUAAAAUUUGCACCUACCCAAAUGAUGGGUUCUAAUCUAAUUUUAAUUAUUGGUAUUUUUUGUUCAACGUGUAUAGUGAAUGUUGAUCCAGAGGAAUACUUAUCAGCAGUUCUUCCAGCAAGAAAAACAUUAAACUCUUUUAGAUAUUUAGGAAAAGUUUAUUAUAUAAACACUGUUUUCCAGGCAAAUUUCUACACUGCCUUACACUUUUGUCGUCAACAAGGAAUGCAUUUAUUAAGUAUAAGUAAUGAGGCAGAAAAUCAAAAAAUUGGGAACAUGAUCAAGGAAAAAGGUUAUAUAGGUUACCGCUUUUGGACAUCAGGUACCAAUUUAGCAGAUAAAAGAAAGUGGGUAUGGAGCUCGACAGGCAAUGACGUUACUUUCUUUAAAUGGGCUCCAGGAGAACCUAACAAUGCACUAGAAAACUCAGAAAACUGCUUGGAAGCAGGUUGGUAUAAGAAUGAACAAGCACUUAUAUGGAACGAUAUUAGAUGUUCAGGAAUAGAAUUACAAUUUAUAUGUGAAGCAACUACAGACUGUCACAAUUUACACUGUUAAUUGUUGUGUAUUAAUAAAGAUUUAUAU